AUGCUGUGGACUGUGGUUGUCGCCGACCCCAGUAGGGUGGUGUCCAUUGCUGUGAUUCUGCCCAACAACACCAUGUACCCGUUUUCAAUCAUGCAUGUAAGGCCUGCUAUUGACGUCACCGUUGCCAAACUGCAACACAGAGGGAUUUUCACCAAGAACACAAUCAAGUUGCU